AUGUGCAAUAUUGUAGCUGUGUUGGGAACUUAUUCAUAUGUUGUUAGUUUAGAAGUCUAAUUAAAAGAUUGGGGUGAAAAUGAAAUGGUAGAUGGAAUAGUGAUUCUUUCAACUUAUGUACUCAAUUUGGCAAACUUGGUGUAUGCCGACUAUAUAGUAUUAUGAUCAAUUAUUUUAAAAAAUCGACUAGAUCGACAAUCAAAUAUAGAGCACUAAACAUCAAAUUUGGUCCUAUAAUAAACGGCACAAUGAUAAAUGUGAUUUUUCUAUAAAGGAAAUGCAAUUUUAUUAAAUAUAAACGACUGUUAAUUACCUGUUGGGAUCAAGGAAACAAAACGGAGAGUCGUAAAGGAUAACUAGUUACGUAGAGAAAUUCAAAUGAAAUUUUAUAGUACAUUCAUUGAAAUGUACAAUUCUCUUUAUUUUUCUUUCCCCGCAUCGCACUAAUUGCUUGUAUAUUAAAAAAAUUAAAUUUAAAAUGAGACCGUUCGGAUACAUUUUUUUCAAACGAGAUAGAACAUGAUUUUGCGUUUGAUAAUAUAUAAAGGAUGCCUUAAGUUUGAAUUAGCUUGAUACAGAAAAUUAUAACAGAUAUAUCACAUAAAAUUGCAAAUGUGGCGAGCGAGCUACAUGAAUUUGGCUAGAUGAAAACGCAUCCAUGCUCGAAUAACUCAGAAACAAUUUGUAAAUUUCGAUAUUAUUUAGGGUGCAGUGGGCUAGGACGAAUAAAAAUUGGGCCCUGUCUGGGUAAUCCUCUAGCAUGAUCAAAUAAAAAGAUCCAUAGAUGUUGUCCGUCUUUAAAUGCAAAUACAUUAACAAGGUACAAUAAACUAGUACAGUAUCUAUAAGUAAAUUGGAAGAGUUAAAUGCACAAAUCUACCCGACAAACUAAAGAAAAUUAGAAUAUUAAUGAUAAAAUCAUAUUUAUCCUUAAAUAAUAAGGAGUACUUAUUAAUUUAAAACUAAUUAUAUUUGUAAAGAAAAAUUUUAUACGGAAAGAACUUUCAAAAUCAGAAGAAACAAUUAUAGUGUUUGAUAAAUUUACUGGAGUAGAAUUUACCGUUUUCCACCCAAUAAGUAAAAAUAGAAAAAAGCCCUAAAUUACAUAGCUACAAUAUUAAACAGAAAACCCGGAAGAAUCCCAUUUGAACCCCUACUUAUCUUAACAAACUCUACCGUUGUAACACAUUCAAAGAGGAUUACACAUAUUAUUAACAGCACUUCACAAAAUCCAAGAACAAAGAGGAAGCAGUUUUACCUUAUUUCUCUCUUCCACAACAACAAGGUAACUUUUUCGCUGUUUCUUCAUAAAGCAAAUUCUAUCUAUGUUUUGGUGAUUUGAUUGUUUAUCUAAUAUAAGACUGAUCUAGAUUAGAGGUGUAGAAUAUAUGAAAUGGCUGCAGCUAGAAAAGGAUCAAGAGAUUUAUCAACCAGGUAAAAUUACACAAACUCUUGUUUUUCGUAAGUAUUUUGCUUGCAACUUCCCCCCACUUGUUAAAACUUGGUGUUUUUGUAGGAGAUAUCGUCCCCUAAUUAACUAUGAACAUCACUCUGGGAAUAUAUUAAUGCUCGAUAAGGAACGUUUAGCCCAGAAAUCGGGAAAGGUAGCAAGACAAGUGAAGAGCAACCCACACGAUGAGCUCCCGCGGCUGCUGAGCGACAUCAACAUCGAUCAGGAAUCAAUGGAGCUGCUGGCGAGAUUCUGCCAUGGCUACGACAUCAGUCUCUCGUCGGAAAACGUGGUUCGGGUAGCCUGCCUUGCCAAUUUCCUCGAGAUGACGGAGAGCUAUUGCCCGAACAAUCUUCUUAACAAGGCGCUGUGGUUCUUCAAGGAAAACAUCGUCCAUAGCUGGAACAACUCCAUCAAAGCCAUCAAGAGCGCCGAGAGCGUGCUGAGGCAGGCGGAGAAGCUCGGUUUGAUGGAGUGCUGCGUCGAGACGAUCAUAUCGGAGGCGGUUGAGGAUCCGCGUCUGUUGGGGGAGCCUUUGAUGACGAAUGAAGAGGAUGAGGAGAGUGAGUGUGAGAAUCGUGAGAAGGAAACUCUUGUUAGGCCUAGCAUAAGGAGGAAGCUCUUCGAUAUGGAUUGGAAGAAAUCCGAGGAUCUCGCUUCUCUACCUUUGAAUCUCUACGCGCCGAUCAUCAAUAGAAUGAGCCAGCGCCAAGUGCCGCCGCAAUAUGUGGCGGCGAGUCUGUGGCAAUACGCGAAGAAUUGGAUAUUUUCCGACGACGAGGUGCAAUUGGACAAGAUCGACGGCCAGAGAGAGACGAUUGAGGUUUUGGUGAGGCUGAUUCCGAAUCAGACGGGGCUGAUUCCGUGUGCGUCUCUGUGUGAGAUGCUUCGUUUCGCGAUUGCUGUGGAAGCCGAUGCAGAGUGCAGAAAAGCGUUGGAGCUGUGGAUCGGACUGCAGUUAGAUCAGGCGGAGACGAAGGAUCUUCUGAUGCCUUGCAAUGGAUAUACAAACCAGGAAAAAUACGAUGCGGAGUGUUUGAAAAGGAUAUUGAGCCAUUUCUACAGAAAUUACAACCGUGACAACAUCGAACCGAUGAGAUCGGUGGCGGAUCUGGUCGACGAAUUCCUGGCGGAGAUCGCGGCGGACAUAGAUCUGAAAACGGCGACAUUUGUGGAAAUCGUAGAUCUGUGGAUUGCAGCGGCGGAGGGGGGUAAUGAACAGAGCCACGACGGGAUCUACAGAGCGGUGGACGUGUUCCUGGAGAAGCACAAGCAUUUGACGGAGUCGGAGAAGGAGGAUCUGUGCGGGAAGGUGCUAGACUGCAGCAAGCUAUCAGGGGAGGCGCUGCAGCACGCGGCGUUGAACAGGAGGCUGCCGCUGCGGGUGGUGGUGAAUGCGCUGUUCGCGUCGCAGUUGAAGCUGAGGGAUGUGAUUCCGAAGGCGGUGGUGGGAGGAGAGGAGGAGGAGGAGGAGGAGGGGGAGGGGGCGGAGGUGAGGGUGGAGAUGGAGAAGAUGGGGAGCAAAGUGAGGAAGCUGGAGAGAGAGUGCUUGAUGAUGAAGAGAGAGAUAGUGAGAGGCGGAGGAGGGAAGAGAGAGAAGAAGGAGAGUGUGUGGAGGGAGAUGAAGAGGAAGUUGGGGUGCAUGUCGAUGAGGCCUGAUUCGGAUUGCCAUGUCAAGAAGAAGAAGGUGCAUCCUAGAUAGAUACCACGUCGUCGUGUUUUUUUAUCGUUGGGAUGAAUAUUUAUUUGGUUAUAUGACUCUAAAUCAUUCUUUUAUCGUUUCCAAAGGAAUUCAUAGAUAGUACCGCCCAUUCGCGCUGCACAGGGAGCUGAAAUUUUGGGUGGGGA